GACAGUGUCCGUGAGAAGGUUGGUUAAUUUAAUUCACUUCAUCCUGUGUUUAUUUUAUUGUGUAAAUUAUCAUUUCAGUGCUUAAUUUUACCAGUGAAUAUUGUACAAAGUUAGAAAUGGAACAUCAGUAUCAAGCUGGGUUUGUGCCUCCAAUAGUAGCUCCGUUCAUUACAGGUUAUGAUUCACAAUUUGACAGUGAUGAUCUUUCGAGAGAUGCCUCACCAAAUCUUAAGAUAAAUCCAGAAAACUGUAACAGCAACAGUAACAGUUCAUGUGGGGAUAAAGCUCCUGUUGAUGAAGAGGAAAGAAAACGUAUUCGCAGGGAAAGAAAUAAACAAGCUGCUGCUCGAUGUAGACAGAGACGUAUUGAGUAUACCAAUAAAUUGGCUCGUGAAACUGAGGAAUUAGAACUUGGUAAUGUUGAAUUACGGAAUACGCUACAUGAGUUAAUGCAGCAAAAAGCGCAUCUCGAAGCAACAUUGAAAAUGUAUACUAAAAAGUGCGCAUAUGUUUAAUUCAGGAUUCCAGUUCGUAAUGGCCGAUUCUUAAUUCAAUUAAAUCAUCUUGAACAAAUCAUCAUAAUCAUUGUGACUCAUCUUUCAGUCUAUUGGCUAACCCAUAUUGACAUAUGAUAAAAUUAAUUUUACUUUCUAUA